AUGAGCCACAUCCUGUCAUCGAAUACCAUAAUUCCUGGCACAUGUGGUAGGAAGGAUAAUUCUUUAAGCAAGACCUCCAUUCAGCCGCCUGUCGUUGUCAUUGCUGCUGAUGUAUCCCCAGUACAUAGACAGGAGGGACAGGACAUGGUGGAACAGUGUAGGCAGGUGUGGGAACAUGACAAGGGCGUAACAGUGGCCAUGGGGGAUAACUCAAUCAUUCAACUGGUUUCCACGAGCACCGGGAAUACUACAGCAACAUCUGUUGCCAUGGCACUUGGCCACAAACACAGCACACAAACAAAUUCUACCCACGACAAUACAAAGAACAUAAGCUGCAUUCUGUUCAAAAAUGGUAACUACACGGAGUUGUUCUUUACGACUCCCAGGGUUGAAACUAAGCCCCAGAUGCCAGUCACCUCUUACAAGAUUGGUACUGACCAAGCAGAUGAUUUGACGUCUCAGCCGUACACUACAGAUAAAUCUUCUGGACCAAGUAACACGUCUCCAGUACCUCCCGGCCUAGACCAUAUUCUUGUUUCCGUCUCAGUUGUUGUUCCAACAGUUUCCGUUCUGGUCUUGUCAAUCCUUGUAUCUGUAGCACUCAAGUUGAAAGUGUUUAAAGUACAGAACAACAUUGAUACAAGCACAGCCGCUGCCUUCCCUGCUUUGCGUAGAUCAGCUUCUCUACCUGUCCGGAGAUGUAGAAACAGGGAGGUCCAGGAAGAUUCAGCUUCCUGUAAGUCAUUACCUGCUGUUCUGGUUUCCACUGAGCCUAUUUAUAGCGUGAUCCCAGAUAAUGUAGCCGCUGCACAGCGGCCUCUUCCUGCCUUUCCACCUACCUGCUCAGACAUUCCAGAGGCCGUAGCUGCUGAUCAGUCUGCCAUACCACACACUUACUGUGAUAUUCCGGAUCAUGAUCAUGAUGGUAUGGGACCUAAUCUUUUCUAUGCUGCCACUACUGACCAAUCACUUUGUACAGGUUGUACUCCAUAUGGUGAUGGUAUUAGAAUUAACCAGGCUGAUGUAGUUUCUGCAUUGCAAAGCCAUCACUCUGUAGCUGGUAGAGAAUCUGCUAUGUAUAGAGCAGAUAUAGGGGCGAGAGGACAUCACAUCAGUGUAUACGGGACAGCACCGAAUGCCACUAGUCAGCAAAGACAGGCACAGGGACUGGGAAGGCGUGUAUCCCUUCCCCUCACCAUACUACCCAACAAUUAA